AACUGCAGUACCUUAUUUAAAAAUGUUUUUGUGAAGUAUAUUUCUUUAAAGCACCUUCUAUCAAAAGUUUUUUUCCACAUUUUUAAUAAGGAGAGCAUUGGAAUCAUUGGCAGGAUUUUACGACCCUGCUGCAGCGUGUCUCCCCCGGUGGAUGCGGUGAACCAUUUAAAUCUAAAUUCAGUUCGGUGGGAAUGUAAUAUCCUGCCAGGUGGGAGGGGCCAUAAAAUCCUGGCAAUUGAGUCUGGAGGUAGCAAAAGCACGUAUAAGGGUUUUGGCAAUGGAAGGGUUGCAAUAGGAUUCUUAAUGGACAUUGUUGCAAUGAUGGAUAUGAUGUGAGAUUAAAAAUUUCACUCGGUUGAAUGGGACAGGAAAAGUGCAAGCAGUCUGAUUCAGGCUGAGUCUGUGAUGGCAGUGGGGGAUGGAAUCAGCGGCAUAAAAGCUGAGUGUGUAGCAGGAGCUGAAAAUUAUGGCUUUGGCCUUUUCUGAUAUUAAGCUGGGGGCAGUUAGAUUUCAUCCAGGAUUUUGUGUUGAAGUAAUCUAUUAGUACUGAAGCUUGAGGAAUUGUAGAGGUAAUGGCAUGGGAGACAGAAUAUGUGUGCUGACUGCGUUCAGACAUAUAGAGGAAUAGCAUCAUGCAAGGACAAUGUCAUAGAACUUGACAACAGAGAAGAACACUAGAGGAUGAUGGCUUGGCCAACUGUACCAAAUGCAGAAAGAUUGAUGGAAGAAAGUACACAAAUCAUAGGGUUUUGCUCAUGAAUUUGGUUAAGGUUGUUUUGGUACUGCGAGUAUAGAAGAGGAUGUUGAGCAAGGGUAUUUGGGAAUGAUGGGUGCCCUGUUGAUUUUGUUUCCUUACCUAUCCUGAGACAUUGAGAUGAAUUCUGGUGCUCCUUGUUGAGAUCAGUUAACUCAGCAGAGUACUGGUUGAACAUAGGACUUUCGUGCUUGCUCGGUUUCGCAUCAGCAGUACUUCUACUUACUAAGCUAUUGGUCUAGCUCAAAAGGUGUGCUUUGACUGUGUAACAAUACUUAGUAUUUUAAGUCUCGGAAAGUAAAGGCAAAUUAGAUGAUAUUUAACAGUGCCAGCUUGCAUGUUGGCAGCAAUCUUAUCUUUGUUUUGGAAGACUGGGCCAUCUGCAUGACUUAAACACAAAAUUUCAGCUGUAGUUCUGAGGGAGUGCUGCAUUUUCAUAAUGGCCCGUGCAGCUGGUUUUGGCAAACGAUACCUCAAGGCAUUUGUUAGUGGUUUCUUUGUUGCUGUUCCUGUUACUGUGACUUUCCUCGAUCGUGUGGCAUACAUUGCAAGGGUGGAGGGUGCUUCAAUGCAGCCAUCAUUAAACCCUCCAGGAAGAACUACGUGUGAUAUAGUGCUUUUAAAUCGAUGGAGUGUGAGGAACUAUGAAGUGCAGCGUGGAGAUAUUGUUUCUCUAGUGUCACCCAAAAACCCAGAACAGAAAAUAAUCAAGCGAGUGAUUGCCCUUGAAGGAGAUAUCAUCAGAACAAUGGGAUACAGGAACAGAUACAUAAAGAUUCCCAAUGGGCACCUAUGGAUUGAAGGAGAUCACCAUGGCCACAGCUUUGACAGCAAUGCUUUUGGACCUGUUUCCCUCGGACUGGUUCAUGCCCGUGCUUCACACAUUAUUUGGCCCCCCAAUCGUUGGAUGAAGUUACAAACUGACCUCCCGGAGGAGCGAAGGCCCCUGUUGUCUGGGAGCAAUGAGCCUGCAGAUGGAACAUCGAUUUAGCAGGUUCCUGAAGAAAGCAAGAUUCCAGCUUGUAAUUGAGUUCAUCCAGCAGCUGUUCUAAAAGGAAAAGUGCAUUGUAAUGUUCCAUAAUGUUGCAGAUUUCAUAUGCUGCGCUUUUCCAAAGCCAUGAAAUACUUUUAUUCUACAGUGCAAUUCUCACUAUUACAUACGUUUAUCAUUUGUCAUUAUUUUUACUCAUUCUUCUUCCAAAUUUUGAAUGAUUUCACUGCUGAUUGAGUCAGAAAUCUCCUUGAAUUUAGGAGGAAAGGAAAUGAAAGAGUUAAUUCUAGUGGAGUUCUGAUGACAUCAACUCCAUUUUUCCAAGUAAACCAUUAAAAUGCAUUUGAUGUUAUUUAGAUGAUGUAAGUCUAGAACUAAAAUCAAAAUACUACAGAUGCUAGAAAUCUGAAAUAAAAACAGAAAAUGCUAGAAAAACUCAGCUGAUCUGGCAGCAUCUGCGAAGAGAGAAACAGAGUUAAAGUUCCGAGUCUAUGAUUCUGACUUGAAAUGUUAACUGUUUCUCUCUCCACAGAUGCUGCCAGAUCAGCUGAGUUUUUCCAACAUUUUCUGUUUAUAAGUCUAGGACUAAUUGCUUAGGCUCACAUUGCCAGCAUAAGUGUGGACGAUUAUAAUCCCCACCCUUCCUCACCUAAAACCAGGGAUUUUGUCCCAAAUUCCUGGGAAGGUAAUUUGCAUAAAAGGCCAUUUGCAUAGCUGGACCAACCUGAGCGUAUCCAUUAAAGAGCAACGUCCUCUAGACAUGCAAAUGGAUGAAAAAGUUUUUGAUUUUAUCCAGUCCCACAUGAACUAUUCUGAUGAGAAAAGGUAAUAUUGUCUAGAUUUGUGUCCUUUAGAAGACCUCAAAGACAUUCACCCCAGGUCUCAACUGGCAUGUGUUUCCAUAGCAUGAUCCCUGACAUAGAUAAAGCAGCAACCCACAUGAACAGAAGGUCCAGCCUAUGUGCACGUGGAUCCUGGAAGCACCAGGAUCAGACCCAAAUUCUGUGCAGCCCCUGUCCCUGGCAUAAAAGAAAACUUGCUUCCUCCCGAGCCCCAGGAAUUCCAGGGCCUGGGACUUGUUAAGGGGAUUUGGUUGAAGCUGAUUGUAAAUUGAAGGUCCUUUUAUUUCUAUGACCUAGGUCUAAAAAAUCUAGACUAGCUAAAUUCACAGAAUGAAUAUCUCUCUCCCUCUCUUUCUCUCUCUCUUUCUCUCUACUACCCAUUAAGAUCCUAUUUAAAAUGAGUUUGGGCAGUUUCAAUCCAGUCCUUUGUGUAGUUUACAGUUCACAACUGCCUGUAGUUUACCAGACAUUGGCAUACAUUUUGACAUAUAAGUAAAAAAAAAAGUAAAGUGGGAAGUAGAUUAGUAGCUGUUGGGCAGAAUUGAAGGAACUUUAUUUUCUUUGAAACAUGCUAAACCUAUCAGGGAUUACUUAAUAUUGAUACUGAGUAACAAUACUGGGUAACAAAAGUGAAUAAGUAUUCCAUUUACCAGCUCUGCAGCAUCUGUAUUUUAUGUGAUGUGAAUGAAAUUUAUUAAUAUACGUUUCUAUUUUUAUUCAAAAUUAGAUGCAUUCCUCCUCCAUUUCCAGUGGUUAAAUAUAUAAAUCCAUCAUUUGUCAUGGCAAUCUUUCACACAGACUGGAAAGAUGCCAAGUUUGAUCCUGUAGUCUCAGCUAACAACAGCAGUGCUUAAUCGAUCUCAACAUCACACAGGAAAGGGAAAUAGCAAUCAGGAUUCCUUAUUGUCCAGCAACUCCUGCUGGAUGUGUGCAUGGUGGAUGAUAAUGCAGUCAAUCCUGCUUUCGUGGUACCCAUGUGCUUCAUGCUAACAUGUCAGCUAUAAAUGCUUAAUGAAAAAUAGUGAUGUUUUAGACACUUUAACUUUUAGCUAAAUGUUAUUGUUUGUAAAAUUGAUCUGAUUUUUGAAAUAGGAAUUUGAUUUAAGUAAACUCUGUGGCAAACCAUUAACAAAGCCUUAUCCCAGAGAAUCCCGUAAAUGAAAUCCCUUAAAUAUUUUUUUCAUUCUUUAGCAACUGAACCACAGGAGUUAUAUAGGAGUACUAUAAAUGUUUCUUUGCGCUAACCUGUUCCUGACUAAAACUGGCCAACUAAGGAAAAUGUACUAAAUCUUUUUUUCUGAAAUGAAAGGUAAGGCCAAUUCUGGUAAUUAUGUUUAAGAUAAUUGGCCUGGGAUAGAAAAUGGGAGCUAUUUAUUUGCUAUAAAGUAUAUGGGGAAGCUUUAAAACCUAUUUUUUAUAUUGUACUUGACAUCGCAUUCUUCCUAGAAACUUUAAAAGUACUUGAAAUGGCUUAAUGGUGAAAUGUCGAAUUGCCCGAUUCGUGUCAUUCUAAUACCUUUUAUGCUCCCUCUUGGGCUGAGCUUGUCAUUGGCAAUGGGAAUGAGAUGGAGCAUCACCAAUUCACUCUUCACUCUUCACACACAGGAGAAAUGCACUCCUUUGGGCCAAUCAUGGGCAGGUUUAUAGCCUGACCAUCCAACUCAAGGAGGUAUGGUGAUGAAUUAAUGUUGGAGCAAAAACUAGAGUUAAAUGUAAUUAUGAUCCUUUCAAAAAUUAAAGAAGAUUAAUGAGACAAAUCUUCCAGAUACAGAUUCACAACUUUAUCUAAUAUAUAAACUAUAUGUACAAUUGAAUGCAACUGUAAAAUUGAGGAAUACCGAUGUUGAAAAACAAGGACAAACAAGAGUGUGUCUGUAUGAAGAUGUGGUGUUGAAUAAAGAAUGAAGUCUGUU